CUGGCGACGAAGGUGACGCGUCAAGCGCGCGCCAAAAUUCGAAGAGCGGAAGCUGCCUGGGGGAAGAAGGAGUGGACGGGCCGGAAAGGGGUUUGGUGAGCAGCUGCUGCUUUCAGCUCUGGGGUUGCCCCACACCAGGCGGCAGGUGGGUGUGGGGUGGGCAGUGCCGGAUUUAUGUAUAAGCUAAACAAGCUAUAGCUCAGGGCCCCACUCUUUUAGCCCCCCCCCCCCAAAUUCACUAUUAAUAUACUUCUUAAUUGUAUUUCAGUUCAACAAUUACUUUGAUAAAAUACAUGUUUCGUUAUGUGCAAAUGGCUUUAGAUACCUAUUAGUCCAUAAAUUACCAUAUAGACAUCACUGAAGCAGUGACAAGACGGUAAAAUCUCUAUUUCUAUAUCAAAAUAAACGUAAAGUGGUAGCAGCAGCAACAAAACACAAAGGGAAAUAAGACAAGGAGAAAAACGGGGAACUCAGGAGGGGGAAAAACCCCCUCGCGGAGUGAGUAAAACCAAAGCAAAAUAAAGAGUAAAAAUAGCAGAGGGGGAACAACGCUACCACAAAAGUAAAGGGAAGACAGAAGAACAGAAGAAACAUAUAAAGAGAGUGUAAAGAAAUCUCUCGGGUUGCAAUUAAACUAUUUGAAAAGCAUACGAUCUGAAACGGACUUUCUAGAAUUAUAAUUACUUUGAUAAAAUGCAUAUUUUGUUAUGUGCAAAUGGCUUUAGAUACCUAUUAGGUCCAUAAAUUACCAUAUAACAUAUAUUUAACACAAAAAACAGCGACAGUUUGUUCCUGACAAAGGACAGCUGGACAUAUAAAGGGCCCCAUUACCUUCAGUAGCUUAGGGCCUCAUCAAACCUAAAUCCGGCCCUGGGUGAGGGUGUUGGUAAUGAAAAUGAGGUAUAUCUCCCUGACAUGCUAGAUUUCUAUGAGAAGAGAUGAUGGUGGUUGUUAUUGGUUAAAGAGGGUUGGACUAGAUGACCCUAGAGGUCCCUUUCAACUCUAUGAUUUUAUGAACAUGUAGUACCUGUACUGUAGUCUGAAUGGGUGUAGGCCACAUUAUAGGCUGGCCAUGCUUGAGAACUGCAUAAUGUCUAACUCUGGCUCAAAUGAGAGCAUUUGUGGCUCAGGGAUGCAAGGUAUCCUAUCCAGUGUACAGUACUGCUGUUAUCUGUGGAGUGUCUUUUUAAAAUCCCUUUGCUGCUAAGUAUUUAUUAUCAUUAUUUUUAAACAAAUGUAUAGGCUGCUUCACAGCUUAAUGCCUUCAAAGUGAUGCUCAGCACAGAAACAGGCUAAAAUGCAGAUUCUUUCAAACAAUAAUCAUGUAAACAAACUCUUUAAAAAAGCAAUUUUUUUCAGAUAUAUAAUUGUACCAUAGGUUGCACCUUCAUAAAUGAAAAUGUCUUCAGUAGGUAGUGGUGCCUAUUUUGUAAUUAAUGUAUAUUGAUUCAAAAGAAAAUUUCCUUAUGUUCAAUGGGACUUACUCUGACAUUUGCAUAGGAUUGCAACCUAAGUGUCUUCUCUACUCACUGUGCAUUGGAUCAUUAGAUUUCCAUGCUAGCUCACUCCAAGCGUUUUACCUACAAGAAGUGGUCAUCAUUUCAUUUCAUAUAUGGAUUACUUGCAAGGUGUAAUGUUACUUGCCACACAUGAAUUGAAAGCAACGUCCUUUGGUUUAACUCUGGUUUCAGGUCGCUUAAGAGUGCUGAGAUGAGCAGUGAACCCAGAGGAAAAGGUUCUGGGCGAGGAAGAGGUGGCUUUCAGAGAUGGCGAGGAAGAGGAGCAUGGCAAGGGAGAGGAAAAGGACGUGGACAGAGAGGAGAAGGGAAAAGUGCUGGGAAGUCAGAGUCUGGUAUGUUAAUUCCACAACAUGAUUUGCUUUUGUAUUAUUAUUUUUUAAAGGAAUGUGUUUGUUGUUGGAAGAAUAGCAUAAAGAAAAUGUGUCCUGUGAUAAUAUAAUGCAAGGCCUGGAGCUUGGGGUUGCCAUAUCGUGGUCUUAAGAUGGAGGGAAGUUUUAAAAUCUGAACCCCUUGCAAAUGUUGCCUCUGUGUACUGUAUGAGCAACUAUUAUCUUUUAAAAAAUAACUUUGUUCUAAACUGUAUUUUAUCUAUUGCUUUGAAUUUAUAAAUUUAUAGCCUGUCCUGCCUUCCUAAGGGGAGCCCAGUGAGCCUUUAAACAAUAAAACUGCAUAAAACAUUAUGAAAUAUUACAGGCAGAGCCAGUUUCUUAUUCCACAGGGUAUGCUAGGAAAGAAGGCAUAAAUGUCAUUUGGUAAAUAUGACCCUGUGGACAGAACAGGGACAUUUGUAAUGAUUGUUCUUGUUUUGUGUAUUUACCUUUUGCUAUUGCAUUUUUGUGGAUCUUUCUAUAUUGCUAUAUAUUUAAAUAUUUAAUGAAAAUGAUAUUAUACAGUAAUAUAUUGCAGACAUCAGUUAAAAGCAGCAUAUGUAGGCAGAUAUAUCUAUGAAAAAUUGAGAACUGAAAAUUGACUAAUAUCACUAACUUUCUUGGGAAAUGCUUUUCAGCUCUGCCUCAGUUCAUUCAGAUGACUCUGGAUCAGAUUCCUACUUACAGAGGCUGGAAACUAUAUUUCUCUGAAGGUAAGCUUUUUCUGUAGAUAUAUACAGAACUGACUUGAUGGCUUGAGAAUAGAAUAACAUUUUGGCUUGUAUUUAAUUCUCCUCUUUAACUCAAUGCCUGAUGAAGCCAAAUCCUUGAUACUGUAUGUUAUAAAAUACAUGCUUACGCAAAAAGGACAAUUUGAAGUUAAUGAGCUUACUUGUACAUAUUUGCUAGUAGUUUAUCAUCUUGUCACUUUGUAUGUAAAGCACUAUGAAUGUUUAUGGUGCUAUAUAAAUAAAUGGUUUAUGUGAGCUGUGUUCAGUAAGUCAGUAUGCAAACAACCCUUUUUUAUAUGGUGGUUCCAGUGUGACCAGAUAUUUUUCAUUUCCCUCAUGAAUGCUACUUGCUCAACAGCUUCCUUGUCAUUUAAACUAAGCAUAUGUUUGUGUACUAUGAAGAAAAUCCAGAAAGAAUGAGCUGGUUUGUGCCCAGUUAUUUUAGGAUGGCAUUUGAGGAAAUGUAAUUUCUAAUAGAGAAAUUGUGUUUUUUGAAUUCUAAGCAAGAUGUUUAAAAGCUGCAGCACAAAUGUUAAAUAACUAAUGAAAAUUGUCCAAUUCAGCAUAUGAUGACAACUCCCCUUUUGUUCAGAAGAUUGAAGCAUUUGAGAAAUUUUUUGUGUCUCGAAUAGAGCUUUAUGAUAAGGUAAGUCUUCAUAAUGUGAUCUCUUUCUCAUUCCUUAUCUCUUAUCCCCACCUUCCACUAUCUUAUAAUCUGUAAUAAUAUAAUCUAUUUUAUAAUCUGUAAUAAUAAUGAUAAUGAUAAUUUAUUAUUUAUAUCCUGCCCAUCUGGCUGGGUCUUCCCAGCCACUCUGGGGGGCUCCCAAUAGAAUAUUAAAAACACAAUAAAUACAUCAAACAUUAAAAGCUUCCCUAAACAAGGCUGCCUUCAGAUGUCUUCUAAAAGUCAGAUAGUUGUUUAUUUCCCUGACAUCUGAAGGGAGGAUGUUCCACAGGGCAGGCGCCACUGCCGAGAAGGCCCUCUGCCUGGUUCCCUGUAACCUCACUUCUCAUAGGGAGGGAACUGCCAGAAGGCCCUCGGAGCUGGACCUCAGUGUCUGGGCUGAACGAUGGGGCUGGAGACGCUCCUUCAGGUAUACUGGGCCGAGGCAGUUCAGGGAUUUAAAGGUCAGCACCAGCACUUUGAAUUGUGCUCGAAAACAUACUGGGAGCCAUUGUAGGUCUUUUAAGACCAGUGUUAUGAGGUCUCGGAGGCCACUCCCAAUCACCAGUCUAGCUGCCGCAUUCUGGAUUAGUUGUAGUUUCCAGGUCACCUUCAAAGGUAGCCCCAUGUAGAGCGCAUUGCAGUAGUCCAAGUUUCUAAAUGAUACCUUGUUUUGGAUACCUUUCCCUUCUGAGGCUUCCAUCACAACCACAAGUAGUAAUAUUUUCCAUGGUGAUGACUUUCUGAACAAGUUCUGCAGUGGCCUUUAGAAGAUAUGUAAAACCCUGUACUGUCAGAUGUGGAGGUUGUGGUCUGUCUGGAUCCUUGCUGCUGACUGAGUCCUUACUAAGUUUUAUAGUGUUCAAAUGUAUAUUUUAAGGAUGCAUUUAUGAUUUUAUUAUGUGUCAUGAAGGCCUUGGUGGGCAUAAAGUGAGGCUUCUAUCAAUUAUUAUUAAUAUGUGUGCAAUCAAUUAGCAAACUUUAUUAGCAAUCAAUACAAUUUCAGGACUGGAGGGGAGCUGAACAAGUUAUUGUCUGCUUCCUUGUUCUGACAGGAUCUUUAUGUGCUAAACCUCUUGCUCUCACACCCCUCACUCAUAUCCCGUGUUGGUGGUCUUUCUGAAAACAAUUCAGACAAGCCUUUGAAAAUACUGCGACAAAUUCACACAGUUCUCUUCUAUAGGAUGAAAUAGAAAGAAAAGGAAGUAUUCUUGUGGAUUAUAAAGAGCUGGCACAUGAUACAGAAUUAAUGGAAUCAAUGCCUGAUUUUGCUUCUGAAUUAAGAGAUAUGCCACAAAAGAUAUUGGACUGCAUGGGCCUAGCUAUACAUCAGGUAAAUACCUCAAGCACAUGGUGAGCAGUAAAAUUUUGAAUGUUAAAUCAUUCACAGACUUGAAUGCAUAUACUUUUUGGUGGGAGGAAGAGGCAAAAAGUGUCAUUUAAGGUUCUUUUUUAACAAGUGUGUGUGAAAGGAAGAGAAACCCAUACUUCUAAAUUUCUCAUAGAACCAGCCUGGGAACUUCCCUCUGCAUGACUCUUUUAUAUUUUGAUAACCAAAUACUUUUCUCUGUGAGCCAGCAGAAAGAAACUUAUUUUUUUGUGGCUGCGCUGGAGUGUUUUCAAAGAAAUGAACAGCUAACGAGUUUUUUAUUUUCUAACUUGGCUGCUUCUUUGAAAUACGAAGCUUAUGAAAUCGUAAGACACCUCACCUUUUGGUUUCAGGGGUCUGAAGUCUAUUUUUGUGUUAUAACUUGGAUUUUAUGCAUGUUUGACAUAAAAUGACUUAGGACCGCAAUACAGUGGUACCUCUGGUUGCGAACAGGAUCUGUUCCGGAGGCCUGUUUGCAACAUGAAAAGCCCACAACCUGAAGCGCCGUAUCUGCGCAAGUGCGUGGCACGAUUUAGCGCUUGUGUGCAUACGCGAGCGGCAAAACCCAGAAGUAACCCUUUCUGGUACUUCCGGGUCACCGCAGGACGCAACCUGAAAAAACGUAACAUGAAGCAAACAUAACAUGAGGUAUGACUGUACCUCAAGGACCACCUCUCUCCAUAUAAGCCGACCUGGACCCUUUGUUUAUACAGUGGUACCUCAGGUUAAGUACUUAAUUCGUUCCGGAGGUCCGUUCUUAACCUGAAACUGUUCUUAACCUGAAGCACCACUUUAGCUAAUGGGGCCUCCUGCUGCUGCCGCGCUGCUGGAGCACGAUUUCUGUUCUCAUCCUGAAGCAAAGUUCUUAACCCGAGGUACUAUUUCUGGGUUAGCGGAGUCUGUAACCUGAAGUUUAUGUAACCCGAGGUACCACUGUAAUCUGAGGCCCUUCUUUGUGUGCCUCCUCCAUGACAGGUCUGGAGGAUGGCAACAUGAGAACAGGCCUUUUCUGCAGGGGCUCCCUGUUUGUAAAAUGCUCUCCCCAAGGAGGUUCAACUGGUGCCUUCCUUAUCUUUAGGUGCCAGGUAAAAAUGUUCCCCAUCAACCAAGCCUUUGGAUGGUUAAUAUUCUACAGCCUUUUAAAUGUGUUUGUGGGAGGGGGGUUAUUAUUUUGUUGUUUCUCUUUCAGCUAUUUACUUCUGCUUUCAUCUCGUGUUUUUAUAUUGUGAAUCACCCUGAGAUCCUUGUAAAUAAAUAAAGUAAAUAAGCAAGCAAGCCUCUUACUUGGAUUAAACAAAACUGCUCUCAGAGCCAAUAUUGUGCCUAACAAAAGGAUCAGAAAAUGAUAUUUAAGAAAAGGGGCGUGUGUGUAAAAUGACAAUUAAGAAUGCAGAGUUUUGAUUCUUGAAACCUUUGUGAUUUUUUUGCACUGGUUGGAAAAUACUGUUCAGUGUUAUCAGCAUCUUUAUAUGAUGGUCGAGGCUUCCUGAGUAUUUUUUUAUGUUACAGGUGCUAAGCAAAGAUCUUGAAAAACAUGCAGCACAACUUCAGGAACAAGAAGGACUGUCCAUUGAUGAAGAACCCAUAAUUAAUGUCCCAUAUAUUCAUGCAAGGUAGCUAUUGCUUUAAAAAGAACAAGUUUUCUUGAAAGGCUCAAACUCCACAUGUCACAUGUUAUUUGCGAAGCAAUGCAUUUCCCAGAUAUUGGGGAAAUUAGUCUUAAGUUCCAUCAAAAUCAAUGGCACAAAUUAUGAUGAAUAGCUUGUUGAUUCUAACCCGCCCUACUGCCAGACUGAGAUUUUCAGUCUGAUCCUAUGCAUGUUUUCUCUGAAGAAAAUCCCUUUGUGUUAAGUAGUACAUUGGUACCUCGGGUUAAGUACUUAAUUCGUUCCAGAAGUCUGUUCUUAACCUGAAACUGUUCUUAACCUGAAGCACCACUUUAGCUAAUGGGGCUUCUCGCUGCCGCCACGCCACCGGAGCACGAUUUCUGUUCUCAUCCUGAAGCAAAGUUCUUAACCUGAAGCACUAUUUCUGGGUUAGCGGAGUCUGUAACCUGAAGCGUCUGUAACCUGAAGCAUAUGUAACCUGAGGUACCACUGUAGUUAGUUCCAAGUAGGUGUGCAUAGUAGCUCUGUAGAAUUUAACAUGAUUGAUUUUCCCUGACAGUCAUCUAAUUUUCCGUAUUGUUUUAUUUUAGAGUGUACAACUAUGACCCACUUACUCAGCUUAGGAAUAUUCGAGCCAAUUGCUAUGGGAAAUUUGUGGCUUUGCGUGGGACUGUGGUGCGUGUCAGUAACAUUAGGCCUAUCUGCACCAAGAUGGCAUUUAUAUGCAGUGCCUGUGGAAAUACUCAGAGUUUCCCUUUACCUGAUGGCAAAUAUACUCUUCCUACAAAGGUAAUGAACACUUUAAAACCAUUUUUUUUUUUGGUCACUGUUUAUUAUUAGACUGCUGGGACUUUAAAACAUCAGGCAAUAAAGGGAAAUGGGUUAACAUCGGGAAAAACUAGGCUGAAUUGCUGAAAAUAAACCUGUCACGUCUUCUGGUUUACUGCCAGUUUAUAGACAUGGUCCAUAAAUUACCGUAUUUUUCCGCUCCAUAGGGCGCACCGGACCAUAGGGCGCACCCAGUUUUUAGGGGGGGAUAUCAAGAAAAAUAAUCUUAUUUCCCCCCCCAGCCCCAAAGAGCAGCAUACAGGAUGCGCGCAACCUCUCCCUGCCGGAGGGGUUGCGCGCGGCUAUGGUACAAGCCAAGGCAGCCAGCGGGAUGGAUCCCGCUGGCUGCUUUGGCUUUCUCUUUAGCCCCACGCAACCUCUCCCUCCUGGGAGGAGCUGCGCGAGGCUAAAGAAGCCAUAGCCCCGUGCAGCCUCUCCCUGCCAGAGGGGUUGCGCGCAGCUAUGGCACAAGCCAAGACAGCCAGCAGGAUGGAUCCCGCCUGCUUCUUUGGCUUCCUCUUUAGCCCCACGCAACCUCUCCCUCCUGGGAGAAGCUGCGCGGGGCUAAAGAUGCCAUAGCCACGUGCAGCCUCUCCCUGCCGGAGGGGCUGCGCGUGGCUAUCCCUGAAGCCUGGAGAGCGAGAGGGGUCGGUGCACACCGACGCCUCUCGCUCUCCAGGCUUCAGCGAAAGCAACGCGAAGCCUUUGGAACACGGAGGGAGUGCUCCCUCUGCGCUUUGGAGGCUUAACGUUGCUAUCGCUGAAGCCAAGGAGCCUGCAUUCGCUCCAUAGGACGCACACACAUUUCCCCUCAAUUUUUGGAGGGGAAAAAGUGCGUCCUAUAGAGCGAAAAAUACGGUAAACUAAAGCAUUAUUUAUCUUCAGAGCAUUGUUUGCCAAAGAAGGUUUUAUGCAAGCAGAAGCCUCUGAGAAUUAGCGUGGAUGAGCUUUCUGCGCCUCCAAAACAAAUGGGAUAACGUCAAGUAUUAUAGUUUCCAGGGUGGCAGCCAUGUUAAGUUUCUUGCAGCAAAAAUGAUGAAUCUUGUGCCACCUUUAAGGUUAAUAAAAAUAUUGUGGCAUAAGUUUUGGUAGAGUAGAUGAAGUGCAACUGAUGAAGUGGACUCUGGUCCACCAAAGCUUAUUCCAUAAUAAUUUUUUUAGUUUUUGAAGUGCCACAAGAUUUUUUGUUUAAGUACUGUAAUAUAAACUUUUUUUGUGCUAAAGUUGAACAUGCAUUUUUUAGUGUCCUUUGCCUGAAUGUCGUGGACGAUCAUUCACUCCUGACAGAAGUUCUCCUUAUACAGUUACUGUGGACUGGCAGUCUAUUAAGUAAGUAUAUUUCGGUUUGUUUUGUGUUCUUUUUGAAUCUAUGAUAUUUUGGAUGUAUGUGUGUGUGUGUUCCCGUGUGCGUAUGAUACAGAUUGCAAUUAAAGGUUUGCAUAUAUUUAUUAAAAGUUGACAUGUAAGAGGAAAUGGCCAUGUUCUUCCAAGGGAAUCAAAUAAUUUCAUUGUAAUAUGCCUCCUCUUCUUCUUUUUAAGUUGUGCUGAAUAAAAAGCCAUUCACAAAUGAAGGCUGCAGUCCUAAAGCUGUUAUUUGUUCAGCUGAGAGACCCUAGGAAGCGCUGCUCUGCUGGGGGACAGGGAGCCCUGGCCCACUCUUAUGCUAAUAGAGGCCCCCUGAUAUGUCUGUGGAAGGCUUCUUGGGUAUUGAUGUCCUGCUGGUGGUGGGGACUGAAACUGAAAGUGUUUGAGCGAGGCUGGGGGUUCCCAGGAUCCGCAGGCCCCCAAAUGAGCAUGGUUAAUACCUUACCAUUGCAAAUUGGGAUGUUAGUGAUUUGUAAAUAGCCUGGUUUGUUCUUCCUUACUGAUACCCAUCCCCCAUAACUGUUUAGCAUAUUUUCUUUGCUUUAGGUGGUGUAAAUUUUGACUAUCUUUACUGUAAUCUGUCAAGGCUCAGGGAAUCCUAUCCCUCCCCCAGUGGCAGCCAAAAAGCAGAUAACACGAAGAGUCCUUACCAUGGAAUUUAUUCAGUAUUCAUAGAGGGAGACAAAGGAAUGUAGUCUUUAUGCCAUGAUGGUGUUGCUCCAAGUAAAGUCCCAUCCCCCACAUCAUCUCUAUUCCUUGUCACCCCCACGCCGAUUAAUCUGAGCUUUCUGUUUCUGAGCUCUCUCUUCUACUACGCAUAAUGCCCGCCUGGUUCGGGGGGGGGGUGGAGGGGUCAGGAAUGCUUUCCAAGGGCAUUGAGUCUGUCAGCUGUCUCUUCCCUAGUGCUUCUUCUUAAUCUUCCUGCUGUUCCUCUUUCAAUAUUUCCCAGCUUCUCCCCUCUGAACUAUGCCCUUCUGCAAACCACUGUUCUAAAUCUAUACUGUCCUCCUGUUCUUGGGAAGGCUCAGGAGAACAGGGGACGGCCCCCACCAUUCGUCUUCAGUCCAGCCCCUGACAAAUAUCACAGAUACAAAAGUAUUAUAACAUAAUUCUAGGAUUCAAGAGCUCAUGUCCGAUGAUCAGCGAGAAGCGGGAAGAAUUCCUCGAACAAUAGAAUGUGAACUGGCACAGGACCUGGUAGACAGCUGCGUUCCGGGAGAUGUGAUUACCGUCACAGGCAUUGUCAAAGUGUCAAACACUGAGGAAGGUACGCCAUAACUGGCCAUAGCUUUUGUAUGUUGACAUUUGUGCAAGUUUUCUCUGUUUUUGGCAGAGUGAGGGGAGGCGACCAAAGUAAUCCAACUAACUGAUAAUGGUAUCUACGCACGUGAAUUUAAUGUAGUAAGAAAUUAUCUUAGGGAGAGCUGCAAUACUGUAGUGCAGUGGGUCUCAAUUAGUGAGGACCCCCUAUUUUUCAAAACCCAAGCCACAGACUUUUGAAAAUUUUGAUAGCUCUAUGGUAGUUACCUCCGCAAAGUAAAUUUUUGAACAUAAUGUUGUAGCCCCUAAUAAGCAAAGGAUUUUAGGUAUACAGUGGUACCUCGGGUUAAGAACUUAAUUCGUUCUGGAGGUCCGUUAUUAACCUGAAACUGUUCUUAACCUGAAGCACCACUUUAGCUAAUGGGGCCUCCUGCUGCUGCCGCGCCGCCGGAGCAUGGUUUCUGUUCUCAUCCUGAAGAAACGUUCUUAACCCGGGGUACUAUUUCUGGGUUAGCGGAGUCUGUAACCUGAAGCGUCUGUAACCUGAAGCAUUUGUAACCCGAGGUACCACUGUACUAGAAAACAGACUAGGGCUGAGUGAUAUAUGGUUUUCAACAUCGUGAUAUAUCGGCAACUAAACAUUGCAAUACAGUGGGACCUCGGUUUAAGAACAGCCCUGUUUACGAACGAUUCGGUUUACAAACUCCGCAAAACCGGAAGUAGUGUCCUGGUUUGCAGACUUUACCUCGGUCUAAGAAUGGAAUCCGAAUAGUGGAAGGGCACCGGCGGCGGGAGGCCUCAUUAGGGAAAGCACGCCUCGGUUUAAGAACGACUUUGGUUUAAGAACGGACUUCCGGAUGGAUUAAGUUCGUAAACUGAGGUACCACUGUAAUCUGAUAGAUCCGGAUGUCUGAAAUUGGAGAUCAAGCGUGGGGAUGAGGGAAGGAGCAGCUGUAGAGAUCGGAUGGGAGAGAGGAGGAGAGGAAGCAGAGUCACCUCCACCGCAUGAUUUUAGUGGGAGGGGAUGGGGGUGUGUGCAUCAAGCCACUGUCUGUGGGGGCAGCCAGCGAAGAUCCGCAUCCACCGUGGCUGCUACUACUUUCCUGCUGUCUGAGAAAAGCUGCUCCGCAGUGCCUUGAAGUGAGGGCGAUCAGCUGCCCUCGCCUCCCUUAGUGUGAGGAAAGGCAGCUUUGAACAGCAGCGUUAUCGCUGAGAUCAUUGUACGAUAUCGGCAGUGCCUUGAAAUUGGCUGCCCUCAUGCGAGGAGCGAUAUAUUGCUGCAUAUUGCCAGGUCAAGAUCGUUAUCGUGGUGAGAUUUCAAAAACGAUUUUGGUCAGUACAGUGGUACCUCGGGUUACAUACGCUUCAGGUUACAUACGCUUCAGGUUACAGACUCCGCUAACCCAGAAAUAGUACCACGGGUUAAGAACUUUGCUUCAGGAUAAGAACAGACCUCCGGAAUGAAUUAAGUACUUAACUCGAGGUAUAUACCACUGUAUAUUGAAAGUGUUAUCGUUCUUGUAUAUAUAUUGGGUUCAGGAAUUAUCACCCUGUGUUUGAAACUAGUUUUUUUUUUUUAACUGUAAUAUCCCCAUAUAGAGAGAAUAAUGUGAUUGUUGCUGUGAUAUUUUAACAGGCACAUCUAGAAAUAAAAAUGAUAAAUGUGUCUUCCUGUUAUACAUCGAAGCAAACUCUAUCAGCAACACUAAAGGACAGAAAGUCAAGGACUAUGAACAUGGAAUAAACCACCAAGCCAGCAUGGAGUUUUCACUUAAAGAUCUUUAUGCUGUCCGGGAAAUACAAGCAGAAGAGAACCUGUUUAAGCUCAUUGUCAAGUAUGUCACUUCUUGCAUGUCAUUGUGGAUAUUAAAGGUAAAGGUAAAGGUAAAGGUAAAGGUACCCCUGCCCGUACGGGCCAGUCGUGUCCGACUCUAGGGUUGUGCGCCCAUCUCACUUAAGAGGCCGGGGGCCAGCGCUGUCUGGAGACACUUCCGGGUCAGGUGGCCUGCGUGACAAAGCUGCUCUGGCGAGCCAGCACCAGCGCAGCACACGGAAACACCGUUUACCUUCCCGCUAUAAAGCGGUACCUAUUUAUCUACUUGCACUUAAGGGUGCUUUCAAACUGCUGGGUGGGCAGGAGCUGGGACCGAACGACGGGAACUUGCCCCGCCGCGGGGAUUCGAACCGCCGACCAUACGAUCGGCAAGUCCUAGGCACUGAGGUUUUACCCACAGCGCCACCCGCGUCCCUGUUCCACCCGGGUCCCUGUUCUACCCACGUCCCUGUUAUAUAUAUAUAUUGUGGAUAUUAGACUUUGCAUAUUAUCUUGUUUCAACAAUCCCAGACGAUCCACUCAUGACGCCCUCUUCUCUUCAGUUUUUUUCCUUCCAGACCCCUUAAUUCAUUUAAUGUAAGGAAAGAAGAAAGUGUGUGCAUAAAUCUGCUUUUCUACAGAAGAAUCUCCUUUUAAAAUAAUCAUUGAAACACAAUUUGGUCCAAGUUGGAACAGCUUGUUCUGUUCUACAUUCUACUUAUCUGGAACUAGAUGGCUGACUGCUAAGUUUAGGACAUGAAGCAGAUUGUACAGGAUUUCUUUUGGGGGGGCUAUUAGAAGAGGAAUCUUAAAUGCUCAUUCUACGCUCCUCGGAGUCUAGGACAUUGUUCUGAGCUAUCUGAAGCUUUGGUAGGGGAGACACUGAGUGCAGGUACUGUUUGUGUAACUAGUACACAUUGAUAAGUGUCCGUAAAUACACUUUCCAAUGCUAAAACACUUCUGAUAUUAACUUACCUUGAUCUCAACAGAAGAGAUAUAGUGAUUGAAAUCAAUGGGUAGUAUUCAAUGAAGUUUUAACCAGGGUAGACACAUUUAAAUUAAUGAACAUGUACAUGUGUAAGUUAAGUCCACUAAUUUCAAAAGGUCUCCUCUGAGUAAAAGUUAGUUAAUGGGUCUUAAAGUGCUGAACUUUGGCAGGAUCAUUGUAGGUUUCGAUGCUCGCGUAGGAGUGGUACUGUGGUUGUGAGACUUGGUAAGAAAGCCCAAGCAUUCUUUCCUUUUUCUAUAAUUGCUAUCAAGCUAUUACCAGGGCAGUGUGAAUUUCAUAAUUCUGUGUAAGGAAACUGAUGUGAUCAUUGAGAUCUAAAAAUCUCAGCAUUCUUUAAAAAUGUCCUUUUUUUGUUACCAGCUGUCAGGGCUGCCUCAAGUCUCAGCUCACAAAAGACCAACGCCUAUCUCUUCCUAUGUACAAAAGUGUUUAUUGCGGUUCAUGGUUUGCUUCACAUCCGAGGCGCGCAGCCCUACGUCUCCUACGCUUAGACCGCUGGAGUCCCCUCUGAAUCUGUCCCUCCCCUGCACCAGUUUAAGAGGCUUGCGCUGCUCCACCUCUUUCUUUCUUUCCUUUUCCGCAGGGUCUUUCUGCCCCCUGGGGUUUCGCCCCUCCUGGAUUCCUCUGACGCGGAAUCAGACUGCUCUUGCCCCCUCCUGCGGGCUUUGGGACCUGGCCCCUCCUCCGGGCUCCCUGUACUUCCGCGCGCCUCUACAUUUGAACUUGGCGCGCGCGCCCAUCCUCUAACCUUCCUUUUAACAGCUACACUACUCCCUUCACUACUCCCCUCCCCUUCCGGGAGGGUGGCUUGCUCCGACCUCCCUCCUUUCUCUGCUGCCGGAGGCGCUUCCCCUGAUACACUGAAACCUCCACCCCCUUCGCUGCACUCUGGUGGGGAGGCUGGUCCUGACGCCCAGCUGCCACUUUGGGAUCCCCCGCUGGCCCCCUGCUCCUGACACGUCCCCCUGGGGCUCCCUGGCCUUGACCACCGGCGCCCCUUCUGGGAAUCCUCUGAUUCGCUGGAAAGACUCAUGGAAUCUCUUGAGUCAUUGUCAUCCUCUUCCUCGCUGGCCUGGGAUUCAUCCCCAUCGCUCUCCAUCUCCUGCCUACCCUGUGCCUCUGUCCCUGAACCCCUGACACCAGCUGUUAUAGAUGCAGGAAGAAAUUUGAAAAUGUGUAGGCAAUGCUUGUAAAUUAGAAGCUGGGUUAGGGUGGCGCUGUGGUCUAAAUCACCGAGCCUCUUGGGCUUGCCAAUCAGAAGGUCGGCGGUUCGAAUCCCUGACAUUGUGAGCUCCCGUUGCUCUGUCCCAGCUCCUGCCAACCUAGCAGUUUGAAAGCACGCCUGUGCAAGUAGAUAAAUAGGUACCGCUGUGGUGGGAAGGUAAACGGCAUUUCCGUGAGCUCUGGUUUCCGUCAUGGUGUUCCAUUGCGCCAGAAGCAGUUUAGUUCUGCUGGCCACGUGGCCUGGAAAGUUGUCUGCGGACAAACGCUGGCUCCCUCGGCCUGAAAGAGAGAUGAGCGCCACAACUCCAUAGUCGCCUCUGACUGGACUUAACCGUCCAGGGGUCCUUUACCUUUUAUCUUUACCUGCCUUUUACAAAUAAAUGGGGUUGAUUCAUUACCUUGUUAUUGUAGACCUCUGGUAAGGGAACCUAAUAUGCAGGAACAGGAGAGUAAAAGCAAGUUAAGAACCCCCAGUUUGGUCCAAGGUGCAAAGGGCAUAAUUCUCAUGAACAUGGUGAGCAAUGUGUUGGCGUGCCAGGCAGUGUCUCCUUGUUAUUCAGGUGAACAGCAGUUGUGGGCUGGUACAUGGGCCAGUUUCUGUCUCCUUCAGCAUCAGCAUGACAUCACAAUGGCCUGUGUCUCUCCUUCUGGUUGGACACAUCCGUGUGAGAACACAGUGGCCAGUCUGUGAAAUAGGCAGUGUCAGCAUGAGAUCACAGUGGCCAGUUUUUCUCCCUCAGGUGGCUAGCAUGGGCCACAGUGGGCAGCCGUUGUCCUUCAGGCAGGGACCAUCAUCUUGUGGGGAGAGGCAUUCAUUCCUCUUCAUUCCUCUUCCACUCAGGCAGGCAGUAGAAUGUGGGCAGAAUAUUUAUUUCUCUUGCGGAAGCUGCCAAUAGCUUCAGCACAAUCUCUUUCUCAUGUCAGCACAAUCUCUUUCUCAGUGCGGUGGGCUUAGUUGGGAGCAGAUGGUGGGCCCUGUAUGUUCUUCUCUUAGUGAGGUGGUCAGCAGAAGUAUGAGUGUAGUGGUCAUCUCACCGAAAUGGGCAGCAGCAUGCGGACAGAGAAGCAGCAGGCAAGGCAAAGAGCUGGCAAGUAGGCAACCCAUCUAUUACAGGGCCUCUCUACUUACAGGAAGUGGACGCUGGUGGCGCUGUGGUCUAAACCACUGAGCCUUUCGUGCUUGCUGAUCGCGAGGUUGGUAGUUCAAGUCCAUGCGAAGGGGUGAGCUCCCGUUGCUCUGUCCCAGCUCCUGCCAACAUAGCGGUUCGAAAGCACACCAGUGCAAGUAGAUAAAUAGGUAUCGUUGCAGCGGAAAGGUAAACGGCGUUUCUGUGCGCUCUGGCUUCCGUCACGGUGUUCCAUUGUGCCAGAAGCAGUUUAGUCAUGCUGGCCACAUGACCUGGAAAGCUGUCUGUGGGCAAUCACUGGUUCCCUCUGCCUGAAAGCAAGAUGAGCGCUGCAACCCCACAGUCGCCUUUGACUGGACUUAACUGUCCAGGGUUCCUUUACCUUUUAAUUAGAACCCAAAGCAGGUGGGUAUGGCUAGUAACUCAGUGCCCUACAGAGCACCUUGCCCCUCUCCAUGACUGCUAGGAGCAGAAUAAACUGUGAACUGUGCAUGCAGAUUUGCUUAAAUAGCACCAUGUAUGUAGAAUUCAGUUUAUGCUAUGAAAUCUAUAUUCUUUUAGCAAAACACUUGGGGGGGAGGUUAUUGACACAGAACAUGCACUGCCCUGGGUACUUGUUUUAAAUUAUGUGUUAAUUUGGUUUUUCUCUUCCUUCUAGUUCUCUUUGUCCUACUAUCUACGGUCAUGAGGUAAGUGCAUCCCAAUGGAAAAAUUCUGAUGGCUGUUCUAAAUGCUCACUGGAAAAUGUCCCCCGUCUCCCCCAUAACCUAGUUUUUGUCAACUGGUUGGCAAUCCAGAAUGAGUAACUUGGAAUAUAAUAUUGGGAUGUUCUUUGUUCUUUUGUUUCCCUGCCCCUUGUAGGAUUCAGUCAGUUAUGUUAGCAUUACAAAAAAUAAAUCCCAUGUUUACUCACAUGGCCUAGGCCUGUUUUGAAGCCCCCCAACAAAUUGUACAUUGGCUGCCUUUUCAUUUUUAAAAAUGUAUGUUUUCACUUUUCAGUUGUUAUGCUACGGUGGAAGUGUUUGUAGUUAUUUUUAUAGAAGUUUCUUGUUUCUAUCUUCAAUAAAUAGAUUUCAUGUGAGUUUAAAACAAUGAAGCCAUCAAUCUUUUCAUUGCCUUGUUUCUGAUACACGCAGGUCCUGCUUUUUGAACACCAUUUAUUCCCAGGAAAUCGUUUGUUAGGCAAGUUUUUGCAUAAUGAGCUGACAAUUUCCAUUGUUUCUAAUAGUGACAUUUCCAGUCUGUGUUUCUAGUCUACUCUCCCUCCUUUCCUCCAUACUUUCUGCCCAGAACUGCUUAAGCCAACCAGCAAAAGACAAAGGAAGAACUGAUUAGUCUGAGCUCUCCUGGUCCCUUUGUUUGAUUUCCUUCCCUCCCUCUAUGGUUUCUGCCCAAAAUGUCUGCUGCCUACCAGCAAAACUCAAAACAAGUAAGGAAGUGGACAAACUCCGGCUGUUCAGUUACCAGAAUCAGCCGUUUGUGUAGCGAGGUUUGGGUAUAAUUCUUUGUGUUCAGAUAAAAUUUUGGAUAAUGAGCAUUUUAAGAGCAGGACCUGCGUGUACUUAGUAUUUUGCCAUUGUGCCUGCACCUCUUCAUGCUGGGAUUCUCAAGGUAUGAGGUAUGAACAGACCACAUGUGGACUAUGUGCCGCUGCCUUGAGCUAAUCCAUUCCAAUGCUUUAUGUAUCGUGCUUCCAUUUAACAGAUUGUGAAAGCUGGCUUAGUGUUGGCAUUGUUUGGAGGCUGUCAAAAGUAUAUGGAUGAUAAAAAUCGGAUUCCUAUUCGAGGAGACCCUCAUCUUCUGGUGGUUGGAGAUCCAGGACUGGGGAAGAGUCAGAUGUUGCAAGUAUAUUCAUUUAUUAAUAAAUAAAUGGCGUUUAUUUGUUGUUGUUUCUUCCCGACAUCCAAAGUGCUUUUUAAAAGUAUACUUUAGCACCAGCUGUUUCAAUCUGAAUGCAGGGAAAAGAUGUAUACUCUUUAGUGGGGAUGUUGUUCUUUUUAGUAUAGUGUGCAUAGUAUAGUUUUCAUAGUGUGCAAAACUAGCCUUUACCAUUUGUUUCUUAGGCUGUAUGCAAUAUUGCACCUCGUGGUGUGUAUGUGUGUGGCAAUGCGACAACUGCAGCUGGUCUGACUGUAACUCUGUCCAGAGACAGUUCUUCUGGAGAUUUUUCCUUGGAAGCUGGUGCCCUUGUGCUUGGAGAUCAAGGUACUAUAGAAGUGAUCCUCUCUGUAGCUAGAAACUUUGAGCUGAUGCAUAAGCCCUUCAGCUGGUAUGGUACUUUACCUUGUUAGUUCUAGAAAUCUUAUAAAAACUGUGGCUGUAGCCUUCAAAGCACUUUUUCACAUUGACUUUGGUACUACAACACAGAAGGCUAUAACUAGUCCAUUCCUCAUUUGUGAUCUUGUAGGAAGUUAGUUGCUUUCCCUACCUUUUCCGUCUGGGUAUUUGAUACUCUACUGGAAGAUGAUCCAGCUCACAGGGUGGGCAGAAUACUUACCAUUGUGAUUGGCUGAAUUAGGGUGGCCAGUUGCAAAUGAGGACAGGUCUACACACUCUCUCUCUCUCACACACACUUUAUUAAAUUUUCUGUUUUACAAUUUAAAAUACUCAUUUUACAUCCUUAAGAUAUCAGUGACUUCCUUUCUUCUCUUUCCAUGGUUCAUUUUAAUCCCUGGUUAUAUCCUUGGUUUAAUCCCAUGGUUCAUAAUAAAUCCCUGCAUAUUUUACAAAAACAAUACCAUUCAGUAUUCCAUUAUUACAUCCAUCAAAACUUACUUACACUGUUGAAUUUAUCUUAAUGCUGCCAGUGUUUCCAGCUAUAUACAAUUAUUUCCCAUAUAUUCAAUAAACGUUUUCCAAUCUGCUUUAAACGUAUGUUCUUCUUGUUCUCUUAUUCUAUAUGCUAAAUCUGCAAGUUGUACAUAUUCUGUCAACUUCAGUUGCCAUUCUUCUUUGUUUGGGACCUUGCUCGUGUUCCAUUUUGGGGCUAACAAAACAUGGGUCACAGUAGUGGCAUACAUAAACAACCUUUUUUUACACCUGGGAAUUUCAGCCCUAAUUAUCCCCAACAGAAAGGACUCUGGUUUUUUGGGGAAAGUACUUUUAAAGUACUUUUUAGGGACGCAGGUGGCGCUGUGGGUUAAACCACAGAGCCUAGAACUUGCCGAUCAGAAGGUCGGCGGUUCAAAUCCCCGCAACGGGGUGAGCUCCCGUUGCUCGGUCCCUGCUCCUGCCAACCUAGCAGUUCGAAAGCACGUCAAAGUGCAAGUAGAUAAAUAGGAACCACUCCUGCGGGAAAGUAAACGGCAUUUCCGUGCGCUGCUCUGGUUCGCCAGAAGUGGCUUACUCAUGCUGGCCACAUGACUGUACGCCGGCUCCCUUGGCCAAUAAAGCGAGAUGAGCGCCGCAACCCCAGAGUCGGCCACGACUAGACCUAAUGGUCAGGGGUCCCUUUACCUUUACCUUUACUUCUAAACAUUCCCCCCCCCCGAUUCAUUAUGGAUCAUUUCCCAAUACUCCUUUACCCUUUUACAAGUCCACCACAUAUGGAAGAACGUUCCCUCUACCUCUUUGCAUCUCCAGGUCUUCUCCACUCUCUAUAGUUUUGAAUUUCAUCAGGCAUAGCUUGUCAUGCAGGCAGGAACCUUUUCCUCUUCUGCAUCGGACCACUCUAGUCUGCAUCAAGUUCCCCUUCUUUUCAAGUAGAUGAUCACUACUGGCUUUACUGCUGGCACUGAUAAUCUGAUGGGUGGGUUGGCAUGAGUAACUGUAUGUGUGCAGCCCACUUCAAUGCCUGCGGACCCUGACAAUGGCAAAUGCUAAAGUUUGCCAGAACCUAUUGCCAUGCUUUUUCUAAACACACACAUUCAAAUAGAGAUUGCAUAGCUCCAGUUGUAGAAAGUGCUGGUUCAAACAAGUUUUUGGCGCAUCGCCUUCACUCUCUGCUGCCUUUCACUUAUCCAGUUUAUGAGAGUACGGGAAUGACACCUCUCUUUUUGUCAUUUUCUUUUUCAGGCAUUUGUGGAAUAGAUGAGUUUGAUAAGAUGGGUAACCAGCACCAAGCCUUGCUGGAAGCUAUGGAACAGCAAAGCAUCAGCCUCGCCAAAGCUGGUAUUGUUUGCAGUUUGCCAGCGAGGACGUCAAUCAUAGCGGCUGCAAAUCCAGUUGGGGGACACUACAACAAGGCCAAAACAGUAUCUGAGAAUUUAAAGUAAGUACUUCUAAAAUGCAUGCAUCAGAAAGAAAGAAGGGUUUUUUUCCCUUCAUUUUAAAAAUGACUUUUAAGUCUGCAUCACUGAUUUUGUCCGAAAGGUCACCUUUCUGGAGGGAAUUACUUAUUUCUCCUUUUAAAUGUUCAAUGUGAAUACUCUCCCCACCUCCCCAUCCCAUUUUUUUUCCUGCUGAAUGUUGUAAAAUUCUGAACAAAAAGCAAACAAAUUACGGCACUUUUCCGUGUAUAACACGCCCCCAUCUAUAAGACUAUUUUGGGGGACUAAAAAUUAAGAAAAUGGGGGAGAUUGCCCAGAGUUGUUGAGAUUUUUUACGGGGGGGGGGGGCGGGGAGGGUUGCCAAAAACCACUCUCCUCACAACAAUACAAACACAACACGUAGGCUAAUAGUUAGUAGAAAAUAUAUAAUAGAAUAAUGAUAUUCAUUAUUCUAUUAUAUAUUUUCUACUAACUAUUAGCCUACAUGUUGUACAGUGGUACCUUGGGUUAAGUACUUAAUUCGUUCCAGAGGUCCGUUCUUAACCUGAAACUGUUCUUAACCUGAAGCACCACUUUAGCUAAUGGGGCCUCCUGCUGCUGCCGCACCGCCGGAGCACGAUUUCUGUUCUCAUCCUGAAGCAAAGUUCUUAACCUGAAGCACUAUUUCUGGGUUAGCGGAGUCUGUAACCUGAAGCGUAUGCAACCUGAAGCGUAUGUAACCUGAGGUACCACUGUAUAUAAAAACAUUAAAAAAUAUUCCCACGUCCCCCCUAGGCACUACCCAUGUACAAGACGACCCAUCUAUUUUAAACGUACCGUAUUUUUUGCCCUAUAGGACGCACUUUUCCCCUCCAAAAAUGAAGGGGAAAUGUGUGUGCGUCCUAUGGGGUGAAUGCAGGCUUUCACUGAAGCCUGGAGAGCAAGAGGGGUCGGUGCACACCGACCCCUCUCGCUCUCCAGGCUUCAGGAAGCUCUGCGCAACCCUUGGGAGAUCGGCGCAACUUCGUGCCGGUCUCCCAAGGGUUGCGCAGAGCUGCCUGCAUCCAGAAGCCUGGGGCGUGCUGAAGAGCACGCCCCGGGAUUUGGGCAGCUCUCCGCAAGCCUGGGGAGACAGGCGUGAUGUCGCACCGGUCUCCCUAGGGUUGCGGAUAGCAGCCUGUUCUGGGGGCUGGGGUCGGGGGAAGCUCGGGCUUCCCCCGCCGCAGCCCCGUGCCGGGGGGGGGGGAAUUUUUUUUCCUUUAUUCCCCCCCCCCAAAAAUAGGUGCACCCUAUGGGCCGGUGCACCCUAUGGAGCGAAAAAUACGGUAAUUUUUCAGUAAAAAACACCUAGUCUUAUACACGGAAAAGUACGGUAUGUUCAAAUUGAUGUAAACUUGCAUAUAGAAUUUCUUCUGCUGAAGAGACCUCAAAUUAUUUUGAAUUCUCCACACUAUGUUUUCAGGUGUGCUAUAGAAAGAGUAUACCCAGGGGUGGGGGUGGGUGUUUAAGAACAUGCACUGUACUUGCUGAUUUUUCUUUCUGUGUAGAAUGGGGAGCGCUUUAUUGUCACGAUUUGACUUGGUGUUCAUACUGCUGGAUAUACCGAAUGAAGAUCAUGACUACCUGCUUUCCGAACACGUGAUGGCAAUGCGAGCAGGAAAACAGACUGGAUGCAGCAGUGCAGUAGUGCUUCGCUCGAGCUCCCAGAAUUCGAACAUAUCGGUCCUUGAAGCCGUUUCAGACAAACCGUUGUUGGAAAGAUUAAAGGUAGUACAUACUGUUCAGAUUUCCUGGCCCUAUACCAUCUUAUCUCUCUAGGCAAUGAUCAGAGGCUGCCAUGAAAUGAAUUCUAGGAGUUUGGUUCAAUUUUUCUUCCUGUUUUUGUUAAGUAUCUAGGUUGUUACUGUAUCUAAAUGGGGUUUUCACAUCCAAGUCUGAAUUUUGUUGUAAUGAAAAGAAAGGCAAAGUUUGAUUGCAGGAAAUGCCUCCUGAAACUGGGCACCACAGGGAGAUUUCUGUUAUCAGUACCAGAUUUAGAUAUAAUUUUUAUUGUGAGGGUUUUUGUAAGCCCCUUUUUGAGAGACCCUUUGUCAGGGACCGUGCUGAGGAGGGCUGCACUGAGGAGAAAUGGUGGGAGACCCUCCUCCCCAUCUCCCUGAUCCUGAAUCUUCCCAGAAGCAGUGGGACAAUAUAGUUUUGGAACAGCGGUUUGCAGAGGGACAUAGUUCAGAAGGCAGAAGUUGGGAAGAACUGGGUGGUGAACAGCUAGGAGAAGAAGAACUGGGAGAGAGAGAGUUAACAGACUCACUUUCACUGGAAAGCGUCCAUCCGCUCAGCCCAAGGUCAAGGAGAGCUGAUAAGGUGGCAGUACAGAAAGCACAGUGGUUGUGAGAUCAGGUUGCCAGACGCGGAAGUGACGUGGAUGACUGGGGGGAAGUGAGUGGAACCCUUAAUUGGGAGCACCUUCAUCCCUAGGAAUGGAUUCUUUGUUCUCUCGCUGUGAUCAUUAAAAUUUCUAACUGGUAAGAGACUCCUUUCGCUUUGUUCUGCUUAUCUACUGCCAAACGGUGGGUGGGUGGGGAGCCGAGUCCCUGAAGCCUGACACCCUUGGGGAAUAUAAAGCAGGAAAUAAGUAUUCAAAAUAAAUGAAGCCCAUGUUUGUGUAUAAGUAGCUGGGACUCUCAAGUGCCCUGUGUGGUGGUGUACGGGGGCUUUUCAGCUCCCCGCUUCCCAGCAACUGCCCCUCUCGCCAACUCCCAGUUCCUCUGAUAAUAUCCCAUAAAGAACAAAGAUCUGCCAAUGGAUGGAAGUCUAUCAUUCUCCCCUCCUUGCACAAAAACCAAAAACAUUUUCCACUUACACUCAGGAUGGGAAGCUGGAUCCCAGCCAUUGUGUUUGCUAUAUAGUAUUUCAGCGUUCAAAGCGUUUUUACAUGUGUUGCAGCCAUUCUCACAAUCUACCCUGUGUUGUGAGGAUCUGUGAGGCAGAGUGACUUACAUGAGGUGAGAUAAUAAUAAUAAUAAUAAUAAUAAUAAUAAUAAUAAUAAUAAUAUUUAUAUCCCGCCCAUCUGGCUGGGCUUCCCCAGCCACUCUGGGUGGCUUCCAACAAAAUAUUAAAAUACCGUAAUAUAUCAAACAUUAAAAGCUUCCCCAAACAGGGCUGCCUUCAGAUGUCUUCUAAAAGUCUGGUAGUUGUUGUUCUCUUUGACAUCUGGUGGGAGGGCGUUCCACAGGGAGGGCGCCACUACCGAGAAGGCCCUCUGCCUGGUUUCCUGUAGCUUGGCUUCUCGCAGUGAGGGAACCGCCAGAAGGCCCUCAGCGCUGGACCUCAGUGUCCGGGUAGAACGAUGGGGGUGGAGAUGCUCCUUCAGAUAUACUGGACUGAGGCCGUUUAGGGCUUUAAAGGUCAGCACCAACGCUUUGAAUUGUGCUUGGAAAUGUACUGGGAGCCAGUGUAAGUCUUUCCAGACCGGUGUUAUGUGGUCUCAGCGGCCGCUCCCAGUCACCAAUCUAGCUGCCGCAUUCUGGAUUAGUUGUAGUUUCCGGGUCACCUUCAAAGGUAGCCCCACGUAGAGUGCAUUGCAGUAGUCCAAGCGGGAGAUAACCAGAGCAUGCAUCACUCUGGUGAGACAGUCCGCGGGCAGGUAGGGUCUCAGCCUGCGUACCAGAAGGAGCUAGUAAACAGCUGCUCUGGACACAGAAUUGACCUGUGCCUCCAUGGACAGCUGUGAGUCCAGAAUGACUCCCAGGCUGCGCACCUGGUCCUUCAGGGGCACAGUUACCCCAUUCAGGACCAGGGAGUCCUCCACACCUGCCCGCCUCCUGUCCCCCCAAAACAGUACUUCUGUCUUGUCAGAAUUCAACCUCAAUCUGUUAGCCGCCAUCCAUCCUCCAACCGCCUCCAGACACUCCCACAGGACCUUCACCACCUUCACUGGUUCUGAUUUAAAAGAGAGGUAGAGCUCUCAGCCAUUGUGUUUCCUAUAUAGCAUUUCAGCGCUCAAAGCGUUUUUACAUGUGUUACAGCCAUUCUCACAAUCUACCCUGUGUUGUGAGGAUCUGUGAGGCAGAGUGACUUAAAUGAGGUGAGAGACUUCAGCCUGGGUCUCUCAAGUUUCUCACUCCCACUCUUACCUGUGGGAGCCACAAGGGUUCAAAUCUGAUGGCACUGUCCACUUCCGCAGCUGAGCGGAAUACCAUAAUACCUAAAGCGUGUUUUCAAUCGUCAGGUCAUUCCGGGAGAAAAUUUUGACCCAGUUCCGCACCAGCUGUUGAGGAAGUAUGUUGGCUAUGCCCGUCAGUACGUGCACCCCACGCUAUCUCCAGAGGCUGCUCAGGUCCUCCAGGAAUUCUACCUUCAACUCCGACAACAAAGCCAAAGAGCAGACAGCACACCUAUCACCACACGACAGUUGGAAUCGUUGAUACGUCUUACCGAGGUUUCCUUUCAUUUUAUAUUUCUUGCCGCUUGGAUUUCUUGCAGUAGGAAAGUUUUGCCAAGUGACUGCCCAAAUGCUAGUGAUUUUAAUGUGGGCGUUGGGAGGCAGCGCAAAUAUUUUCUUUUUUAAAAAUCCUAAUUUAAAUAAAUAGAUGUACAGUGGUACCUCAGGUUAAGUACUUAAUUCAUUCGUUCUUAACCUGGAACUGUUCUUAACCUGAAGCACCACUUAAGCUAAUGGGGCCUCCUGGGGCCGCGCCGCCGGAGCACGAUUUCUGUUCUCAUCCUGAAGCAAAGUUCUGAAUCUGAAGCACUAUUUCUGGGUUAGUGGAGUCUGUAACCUGAAGUGUGUGUAACCUGAAGCGUAUGUAACCUGAGGUACCACUGUAAUUCCAUCAAACUGGUGGAACUGGAUUUGGAUCAAAUGUGAGUUGCCAGAUUCUUGAGAUUCCAGGAGAGCAAGGAAAACUCUCACCAUCUUUUUUUUAUUAUUAAAAAAACAAACACUUCUACCAUCUUUUUCUGUAAAUAAAAUUGACGAUACUAAAAGUUAACACUUGAAGCUACCAGCAUGAGUUUGACCAAAAUGCGGGAGGCAGUGGAAGACAGGAGUGCCUGGCGUGCUCUGUUCCAUGGGGUCACGUAGAGUCGGACACGACUAAAUGACUAAACAACAACAACAUAGUUAAGAAACUGGGCUCAGCCAUGUUCGCUGUCUUCCGUUUCUUGAAUGGCUCCCUCAUACAUCCCUUGUAACUUUAGCCUCAAAGUAGAGAUAAAAUUUAAUGCCUCAUGCUGGACGUUAUUCCAGAAAAGAUCUCGCAAACAUAGAGAUAUUCCACUGGAUAUCUCACUUUUUAAAUACGAUUCUGCUGGUGUAACCUGGAUUAUCCGUUCUUUCAAUAUCUUGUGGCUGAUUCAACUUUACUUCUCUCUCCCCAAUCCAUUACGUUGAUGCUCUAAGCUGCCUUUGUUCCAAGAAAGGUGUUCAGUGAUGUGCUGUUUUUAAUCAUUUCUUCAGCACAAGCAUUUCAGCUUGCUAAAUGGAACAAUCCCCAUUCUUCCUCUUUAAUUUUAAACUAUAUGAAACGGCCUUAAACUGGGUCAUGCCACUGAAUCCUCUAGCCCAGCAUUACUUAUUCCAUCUGUCAGUGGUUCUCCAAGGUCUUGGCACAAGGACAUUUCCCAGGUUGGUUACUUGAUGUCCUUUAAGUAGAGACGCCAGGGAAUAAACCUGGGGCUUUGUGUACGAAGCAUGUGUUCUCAGCCAGCACUGAUGGAGUUCUGUUCUGUUCUGUCCUAAAUGCCACAAAAUUCAGCAGCUUUCUGAACUAUAUCCACAUCCAAACUGAAAAAUGUAGUGUGUAUUUGUCUGUAUUUUUCGGCUGCUGAUGUAAACUCCUUUCACGUAGCUUUUCUGAUCUGAAUAAAUUAGGGAGGAAACAAGGUUGGUUAUUGCAAAGGGUUAUUGCUGACUAAAUCCCAUUUGGAGUACCCAUUGAAGUCAACGGACUUAAAUUAAUCAGGCCCCUAUAUUUCAGUAGGUCUACUUGAGUAUGACUUGGAUAAAACCAAUUUUAAUUUUAAUUAUUGUUUGCUUGUUUAAGGCACGGUCAAGGUUAGAAUUAAAAGAAAAGGCCACCAAAGAAGAUGCUGAAGAUGUCAUAGAAAUAAUGAAAUACAGGUAGUAUGCACCAGAAUAAAACUCAAUUUACAGCAAACCAAAGGUCUGCGGGGCUCUAGUGCACACCUGGUGGUGCUUUUAUUUAUUUCAGUGAUAUGUACACAUUUUCCUGUCCCUCCACUCACUGUACUAGGCAGGAAUAUGCAAAUUGAGCUGCUCAAAUUCAGUGGCUCCAAUGUUCCCGGUAGGUCCAAUGUCACAUUCCCCAUUGGGUACAGGGAGCUGUUUUCUACACUAGAAUGGAGGGAGAAGCCAUGGAUGUUGGCAGGUGGGGGAGAGAGCUCUAAUUGAUCAAUCCACUGGUGAUUCCCUACAUUUCCUGCAGAAAAUGAAAAACAGCUUCAAGCUUGCUCUUAUGGUUAACUCUUCCAAAGGCACUUCUCUCCCAAGUUUUAUGCCUUCAUUGUUUACUGAUGUUUCUGUGUGUUUCUUCUUCAAGCAUGUUAGGAACUUACUCCGAUGAGUUUGGGAAGUUGGAUUUUGAUCGUUCGCAACACGGUUCCGGAAUGAGCAACAGGUCGCAAGCAAAGAGGUUUGUUUCUGCCCUUCAUCGUAUUGCAGAAAGAACCUACAACAGCCUUUUUGAGGUUCAGCAGCUGCGGCAGAUUGCAAAGGAGGUAAACGUAAAAGUAAGUAAAAAUAAAAUUGUGUAUUUGGAAAGGAUUAAAUUUGAUAUUGGAAUUAUUGGUUGAAAAAAUAAGUUCCGAUCCCAGCACCUGUACUUCCAUGGUUCAGAGGACUUUAAUCAUAUUGCUCCAGCUCUGAUGGCUGAACUUUGCCUAUGCAUUUAGAAAUUGUAUUUGAGAUUGGUUGCCCUACUAAUAUAUCAUUUAACAUCAGCACCGCAAACUUUGUUGUUACUGAAACUUGCCUUUCUUCUUUAACAGCCUGACACCUGUGAACUAUCUUGAAGUGUGUUGCAAUUUCUGCAGAUUUUAUUUUUUUCUGCAGUAUUUCGCUGUGUGAACACUGACAAUUGCAUAGAUAACUUAGGCUGCACUUUAACUAGAGAAUGAAUAGAAAAUGAUCUCUUUAAAAAAUAAAAUUGAACAAGGUCCUCCUUCAGAUGAAGGCUUGUAUUAGCUUAGGUGAAUUUUUUAUCCCUCCACCCUUUCACACAGCAGAUCCUUGUGUGACAAAUUGUUUUUGAAAUUCCCUUCUGGAUGAAAAAUAUUUAAAUAGUUUAAAUAUCAACUUCUUGUGAGGAAAGAGGCUUAUAGCAUAAUGUGUAGUGUUUUGUCUCUCCAGAUAAUAAACUUACUUUGUGUGAUUCUUCCAGGUAGCUGACUUUGAAAACUUCAUUGGAUCUUUAAAUGACCAGGGUUAUUUCUUGAAAAAAGGUCCAAGGUUGUAUCAGCUUCAAACUAUUUGAAGGAAUUCAGCAACCAAAGUAACUGAUUUUUUUGAAGAGGAUCAGUAGAACACAACACGAUACUCUGUUAAGGCUACCAAGGCCUUUUUUUAAGGCCGCAAGACCUUUUUUAAAAUCAGUACUUUGUUACACCAGGUGUUACAAAAUAUGUGCAGAAACCUGCUCAGAUAGGUUAUUAUGGAGAAAAUGACUUCAGCUGUCAUUUCAAAGUCAUGUAAAUAAGUAAAACUUAAAAAGUGAAACUUGCGCAUUGUUUUAAGAUGCCAUCUUCAAAUGGCACUGCAAGAGAGAAUGUUAAUCCAACAUGUAAUGAUUAAAAAUGCUUAGCAGAUUCUCAUGUUGCAUUCUGCAGUAAACACAUUGGCUCUAUGCAGACAAGCAGAAACAUAGAAGUGUGUUUUGUGAUCACAAAAGGCUUCCUUUUGGUUUGUGUGUGGUGGUUUUCAGAGGUGAGUUGUGCUGCUGGUCUGGUUGCAGUUAGAUCUUGCGUUCCCCACAUGUUCCUUUCGCUGUUUUGCCUGUCGGUUGAAACCUUUUCAGUUUUUAUCUCAGUUCGAACUGUAGCUCACUGAUUCAAACAUGACAGCAAACUGGUUACCAAUAAACAGGAGGUGGACAUAGAAGCCAUAUGUGAGAAGGGAAUAUGAAAGUGUGUAACUCAUUCAUGAUUCUUGUAUGAGUGAUUGCCUUUUAAAAUGUUCAUUUUGAAAACUUGGGCACACUAGUAGUGAAUUGAUAUUUUGUUUAAAUACAACAACUGAUGCACUCAGUAAUUAUAUUGGGUUGCAUCCAACCAAGGUAUGCUUGAGUUAGAUUCAUUGGAUUUAAAGUUAGUCAUGUCCAUUCAUUUCAAUGGAUCUAUUCUAAGUGUAGCUAAUAUUGGAUGCAACCCAUAAUAUUUAGCAUGGUUUUAAAAAAGGGAGAGAAAGUGUGUCAAGUGAAGGAAGCGUGAUUUUGAAAUAGUUCUAUAUUGUAUUGAAAUUAUCCUUGGCUGAUAGCCAGUUUCAAAGGCAGGUUUUGAAGAUUGUAAGACCGCUUACAAUCUACCAUAGGCUUGGGAAUACCGGAGAAAUUUCCAGCACAGGACACUAAUACUGUUUUAGAAUGCUAAUUACAUUUACAUUUGUAUAGAAGAGGAAGGUAUCAGCUGUGACGUACACCCAUGAAUGUAUUGAAUUUGCUUAUGGGUAGAAUAGGAACACUUUGUGCCGUUCCCCGUGUUGUGCCUACCUGUUGCUGGUUAGGUGGAAGAGGAGGGUUGGGUCUUGCGUGAUCGUUUGGAAAUAGUAGACCAUUGCUGCUCAAGUGAAUCACAGCCUGAACUAAGGCGGCUCAAAACAACAGCAUUUCUACCAUACAAACAUACAGUAAAAAGUUAAGGGAUGCACCAUUAGGUUAAAGCUGCAGCCCUUGUCUUCAAAGGUUUAAGAUUACUCAUGUAGACAGUCUUGUAGCCUUUGAAUUGACCAGGUACUGUUUCUGCAUCCUUAAAAGUAUCUUAAAUUCAGGGAAAAAACCAAACUGCUGACAUUUUAAAAUUAUGGACAGAGUCAACACCCCCCUUCAACCUGCUGUUACAUUCAUCUAUUUAUUUGUGUGUGUGCAAUAAAGCUAUUCUGUUUUGUUUUAACCUUUUGUUUAUUGGUUUCUGUGAAUAAAGCUAUUUUU